AUGCCAGAGCCCAAGCUGGCUCCGCCCAGCCCCGCCCAGGAGCGAGAGGUUGAUGGAAAAGACCUGGCUGCGUUUCUUCGCUACGGCUCAGCCAAAGAGGAGGCGGCGCCUUCCGCCGCGCCAGAGGCGAAGGAAGAAGCCGCAGCGCCCAAAGAAGAGGCAGCCGCGCCCAAAGAAGAGGCAGCCUGGCCGGACAUGCCAGACCUGGACUCCUGGGCCCAGAGGCUCUUCCAUCCGUCAGGCCAAAUCUUCCGCCCCUUGACCGAGGCGCGGCCGACGUUGAGCCCAGAGAACGGGAUGCAGAUCUUCAUCAAGACCCUGACGGGCAGAAAGACCAACUUCAACUUUGAGCUGGACAACACGGUGCGACAUGUCAAGGAGGCCCUGCAGGAGAAGGAGGGGAUCCAGGUGGAGCAGAUCCGUCUCAUUUAUAGCGGCAAGCAGAUGAGCGACGAGUGCACCCUGAAUGACUACAACGUCAAGCCUGGCAGCACGGUGCACAUGGUCCUGCAGCUCCGCGGAGGCAAUCUUUAA